AUGGCCUCCGCCGCCGCCGCCGACAAAUCCACCAACCUGAAAGUCCUAACCGCCUUGGACUCCGCCAAGACCCAAUGGUACCACUUCACCGCCAUCAUCAUCUCCGGCAUGGGAUUCUUCACCGACGCUUACGACCUCUUCUGCAUCUCCCUCGUCACCAAAAUGCUCGGCCGCAUUUACUACCACGUACCGGGCUCCCCCAAACCCGGCUCCCUUCCCCCCAACGUCUCCGCCGCCGUCAACGGUGUCGCCCUCGUUGGAACCCUCGCCGGCCAGCUCUUCUUCGGCUGGCUCGGCGACAAACUCGGCCGGAAAAAAGUUUACGGCGCUACCCUUGCCGUAAUGUGUGCUUGCUCAAUCGCCUCCGGCCUUUCCUUCGGCUCCACACCCAAAUCCGUCAUGUCCACUCUCUGCUUCUUCCGAUUUUGGCUCGGGUUCGGAAUCGGCGGCGAUUACCCGCUCUCCGCCACGAUCAUGUCCGAAUACGCCAACAAGAAAACCCGCGGCGCGUUCAUAGCUGCCGUUUUCGCGAUGCAAGGGUUCGGGAUUCUCGCCGGGGGUGUUUUCGGAAUGGUAAUGUCGGCCGCGUUCGAGUCGAGGUACCCGUCACCGGCUUACGAGGUCGACCCCAUUCGGUCGACCCCUCCGGAGGCGGACUACGUGUGGAGGAUCAUAUUAAUGGCGGGAGCUGUUCCGGCGCUCUGCACGUUCUACUCGAGGAUGAAGAUGCCCGAGACCGCUCGGUACACGGCGCUCGUGGCCAAGGACGCGAAGCAAGCAGCUUCUGACAUGUCGAAGGUGCUCAACAUGGAUAUCGAAGCUGAGCAAGCUAAGGUGGAGAAGAUCGAGAGGAAAUCGGCGUACGGGCUUUUUUCCCAGGAGUUUCUAAAGAGGCACGGGCUUCAUCUUCUGGGGACUACGAGCACGUGGUUCCUGCUCGACAUCGCUUUCUACAGCCAGAAUCUGUUUCAGAAGGAUAUAUUCAGUGCCAUAGGGUGGAUUCCCAAGGCGAAGACGAUGAGUGCGAUUCGAGAGGUUUUCACGAUUGCCCGGGCACAGACAUUAAUCGCGCUCUGUAGUACGGUCCCGGGGUACUGGUUCACGGUGGCCUUGAUAGACGUGAUCGGGAGGUUUGCGAUUCAACUCAUUGGAUUCUUCUUCAUGACCGUGUUCAUGUUUGCGUUGGCAUUCCCAUAUAAUCACUGGACGAAGCCCGAUAACCGGAUUGGGUUCGUGGUUAUGUACUCAUUGACUUUCUUCUUCGCCAAUUUCGGGCCCAACGCAACGACUUUUGUGGUCCCGGCCGAGAUAUUCCCAGCUCGGCUCCGGUCGACUUGCCACGGAAUAUCGGCCGCGGCAGGGAAGCUCGGGGCAAUUGUUGGAGCUUUCGGGUUUUUGUACCUGGCGCAGAAUCAGGACCCGGCUAAGGCGGAUCCGGGUUACCCUGCUGGAAUCGGGGUGAAGAACUCGUUGAUAUUGUUGGGUGUGGUUAAUCUUUUGGGGCUUUUGUUUACUUUCUUGGUGCCGGAGUCGAAGGGGAAGUCGCUGGAGGAGAUGUCGGGAGAAAACGAGGAAAACAACGACGAGGGCGAGGGAGAAACGAGUCGAAACUGA